AUAUUAUGUAGUUUAUUGUUGCCUUUCCUGUUCUGUGGCUUGCCGAUCGUCUUCUUAGUGGAGCACUAAAAGUGCGUGAAACUCGGGAAAGAACGAAGGGAUGGGCAUACGGUAACUGAAUUCGUCAAAGCAGGGUAACAAAGCUUGUUGGCUAAGGAUCCCCGCUCGUUACUCGCUCAGUUUGGUCUUGCGGCUCUUGCCCACCCUAGUGAAGACGGUUGCCUCAAUCCACGUCUGGUUGUUGGGAGCAGCUGGGGUGUUUCGUGGCUGAGCGCUGUUUAGUCACUCCUAUGCUGACUUUUAAGUGGCUCGUCUGUCUUGCCUCUGCUGCCAUCUCUCCUUUUUCCCCCUGCCCUUCUCCUUCAUUUCCUUCUCACUGCCUUCCCUCCGCUCCGUCCUCAUCACCUUCCCACAUCGAUAGUUCCAACUUCCAACACCUUCUUCGUACCUUCCUUCCGUCCUCCCUUCUUCCCUUCACCAGCAACAAGACAAACCGCCUCUUCGCGCAUCCCCACCCUUCUUGUAUCUUCCUCAUCGUGAUCAGAACGCUUCGUCUUCUGUCCCGCGCCAGAAACUCAAUAAACCGCGAACCCCUCCUACUCGCCCUCCUACCCCAACCUUUUUUUUUUUACAUCAACCUCAAUAAUGAUGACAUCCAAACUUGACCAGUCCCUUGACGAGAUUCUCGCCGAGCGUCCCCGUGGCUCUCGCCGUGGUGGCAAGGGAGGUGUUUCCAACCCCCCUGCUGGCGCUAUUCGCAAACGGUCUCAGAGAGCCGCUGCCCACAAGGCCAAUGUCGCUGUUACUCAAAACACUUCGAAGGCCUCUGGCAAUGUCCCUACUGGGCCUUCGGGCAAGGUUACUGCGUCAAAGAUUAUUGUUUCCAACCUGGUGAGUCAUUUCUCGAUUUUUAUUUAAUUUCUAUCAUUCUUAUUUACCACACAUGUUUUCUCGUGUCAUCCACUAACAUCUUUCCAAAUAGCCCUUCGAUGUUUCUGAGGCGAUGAUCAAGGUACGUUGACUUGCAGAACGAAGUCAUAGCAGCAUGUGUUGGGGAUGAAGCACGAAUGCUACGGAGCUGGGAGCGGGCAACAAGCUUCAACUCUCCCAAGCUCUUCGAUUUUGAGGAUGAUCGAUUGAGGAUGAAGACCGUAUACCCCCUUGUGAUACUUCUGCCUUAAACUGCGGCUCGAUUCCAAUUCCGUGCAAAGCGAACGAUGAUGUGGCUCCUGACGGGGCGCUUCUGACGUCUUAUUUUCUUCUGGUGUGGGUGUGCAUCUCAUACACAACUGGCAAGAAUUUUUCCCCCUCUCCUUUUAUUCAGGCGGCGACCUUUUGGCAAUAUCUAUCGCGGUGUUUGUGUCAUCACUGCUUUAGGGUAGAGAUGAUCCAGAAGUCAAACAUCUCAAAAUGAUGCCCUGUUGGCAAAGCUUAGCACGCGCCCACUUGAUUUACCCUUGAGGAACGAAACGAUGAAAGAUCGAAAGCAUUUACUAGCAGCUUACAUCGAUUGGACUCGGAUCGGGAGAGGUUGGGUCACUGGGAAAGCAGCUGAAGAAAUCCACGAAGCCCAAAGUUGUUAAGGCGCCGCAUGCUUCACGUUUGUUGAAAGACAUAUCAUGUUCUACACGGUUGUCAAGUUGCGUUUUUCUUUGUGUUUUCAACUAGGACUUCAAGCUUGUCGAGCCUCAACGGCAUCUACUAUUCAGGGCCAUACAUCGUCGUUCGCUGCGGUUGCAAUUUGGAGUCGCUCACAGUUCUCUCGCAGCAUCCUGGGACGCUUGUUGGCUGAGGCUCGCUCCGGUCUCCGUAGCUUUGUUGCAUGCAUCCCCUUCUUCCCAUCCGCAUGCUCCCUGCAACAGCUCCUUUUUUCUUCUUCUCCAAUCGCCUCAAUAUUUCUGCGAGCGGAUAUGGGAUCUUUUCUAUGGCAACUUAUUCUAACAAUAGCUUUCUUGCGUUAAAGGAGUACUUCACCAAGGUUGUCGGCCCGAUCAAACGUUGCGUCAUUACCUAUGGCCCCAAUGGUCAGUCUCGUGGCAUUGCCACAGUUGAGUUCUCUAGAUCAUCUGAUGCUGCCACGGCCGCUCAGAAAUACAACGGGGUUGAAGUUGAUAGAAGACCAAUGAAGGUAAACUGCAGAGUCUUGUCUCUUGUGGUGGAAGUGUGGUUGCUAAUAAAGAUGACAGGUCGAGCUCGUUGUUGAUCCCAACGCGCCAUCUUCUAACUUUGCCGAUCGUAUUGGGUAUGGUAGCCCUGGCUCAGUUGCCAGUUAGUUCUUAUUCUAACCUUGCUUAGAGCACCUAAGCCUCUCCCAGGAACCAAAACCGUCAACAAUAACAAGCCUAAGCCAGCUGCUUCUAAGCCUGGUCGCGCUGGCAAGUCCCGUCGUGGAGGUGGACGUCCUGGCACUGGGCGUCCCGGCAGAGAAAAGAGAAAGACUGCGGAUGAACUCGACGCUGAAAUGGCCGAUUACUUUGAGAGCGGCAAUUCCGGAAAUGCUCCAGCCAAUAAUGCUACUACUGAAGCAGCUCAAACCACCAAUGGUGGUGAUGUCGGCAUGGACGAUGAUGUUUUGGUUGGUACACCUUGAUUACAAUUCUUUCUUUUCUUCAUGUUCGACACGAUGAUUGGUCCGGGGCUCCUCUGCACAAUCUUUUCGCCUAGUUCGCAUUACGUAUGGUAUAGGCUGAAGUGAGCCAUCCACUUUUCAACAGUCCUUCAGUCAUCCCUUGCAAGGACCAGCCUUCAUUGAUCCUAGCCAAACAAUCGCACCAGUAGUUGCUAUGUCAGGGCCUACGAGGUUAUGGGGAAUAAUAAGCUGAUUCUGGAUGCUCGUGGAACAGUAAAUCGAACGUCGUCGAUGACAAGUUAUGACAAUGUUUCGGGAGGGUUUGGGUAA